AUGGAUUCGGCUGAUAUUUUGCCUUCCGAUCUGCGAAAUUUACGUGCAUGUCUUGUCUGUGGGUUGGUAAAGUCUCUUACACAAUUUGAAGGUGCUGGAUGUGAAAAUUGUGAGGAUUUUAUUCACUUGCAAGGAAAUCGUGAAGCAAUUUUAGAUUGCACAUCUAAAAAUUUUGACGGUAUUGUUGUCGUCACAGAUCCUUCCCAAAGUUGGGUUGCUAAAUGGAUAAAUACUGAUAAACUCAAUCCUGGAGCUUACGCAAUGAGUGUUUCCGGUAAACUUCCCAAAAAUAGAAUUGAUGACCUCAGUCGAAGAGGCAUUGCAUAUACAUCCCGAGAUCGGACUAAAACGUAA